CGGACGCAGAGGAAGGCGAGGAGGAGCCCGGGGAAGGAUCUCGGGCAGCGCGGUGCGCCCAAGCCUCCCGGAGUAGCCCGCUCGGCGUUCGUAGGGGCUGCGGGGCCCCGCCUGCCUCGGUUCCCUCCUCUCCCCUCCCCUGCCUGGCCCGGCCCGCCCCGCCCUGGCCGGCUGGAGCCUGGGCACACGGCAGCCCGCGGCGGGUCACCCCGCAAGCCAAGUUGGGAUGGUGGCCUGCAACUUCUGCCCGGCGCCCAAGAGGCCACCUGCGUGCUAGAGGCAAACUUUUGUCUCCUCGGGUCGCCACCCAGGACUAUGAGCGGCUGAGAUGGAGACGUCUUCCCCAGCCACUUCCUUGGAGAAGAAAGAAGCCAAGAGUGGAAUCCUGGAGUGCAGCGGUUUUCCCGACCCGGGUAAAAAGGCCUGUCCUCUUGCUGUGGCGGCUGCAGCGGCUGUAGCUGCCCAAGGAGUGCCGCAGCACCUCUUGCCACCGUUCCACGCGCCCCUGCCGAUUGAGAUGCGACACCAGGAGGGAAGGUACCAUUACGAGCCUCACUCUGUCCACAGUGUGCAUGGGCCUCCCACCCUGAGCGGCAGCCCCAUCAUCUCUGAUAUCUCCUUGAUCCGGCUUUCCCCGCACCCUGCUGGCCCUGGGGAGUCCCCCUUCAGUGCCCCCCACCCAUAUGUGAACCCCCACAUGGAGCACUACCUCCGGUCCAUGCACAGCAGCCCCACGCUCUCCAUGAUCUCUGCAGCCAGGGGCCUCAGCCCUGCAGAUGUGGCCCACGAGCACCUUAAGGAGAGGGGGCUGUUUGGCCUCUCUGCCCCAGGCACCAACCCCUCCGACUAUUACCACCAGAUGACCCUCAUGGGGGGCCACCCUGCACCUUACGGGGACCUCUUAAUGCAGAGUGGGGGUGCCACUGGGGCGCCCCAUCUCCACGACUACCUCAAUCCUGUGGAUGUGUCACGAUUCUCCAGCCCUCGGGUGACACCCCGCCUGAGCCGCAAGCGUGCGCUCUCCAUCUCCCCACUCUCAGAUGCCAGCCUCGACCUGCAGCGCAUGAUCCGGACCUCACCCAACUCCCUGGUGGCUUACAUCAACAACUCACGCAGCAGCUCAGCUGCCAGCGGCUCUUAUGGACACCUGUCGGCAGGUGCCCUGAGCCCAGCCUUCACUUUCCCCCACCCCAUCAACCCCGUGGCCUACCAGCAGAUCCUCAAUCAGCAGCGAAGCCUGGGCUCAGCCUUUGGACACACGCCACCCCUGAUUCAGCCCUCACCUACCUUCCUGGCCCAGCAGCCGAUGGCUCUUACCUCCAUCAAUGCUGCACCCACUCAGCUCAAUAGCAGCAGCAGCAACUGCCUGAGUGACACCAGCCAGAACAAGCAGAGCAGCGAGUCAGCUGUGAGCAGCACAGUGAAUCCUAUCACUAUACACAAGCGCAGCAAAGUCAAGACUGAGACCGAGGGUCUGCGGCCGGCCUCUCCACUAGGACUGACCCAGGAGCAGCUGGCUGACCUCAAGGAAGACCUAGACAGAGAUGACUGCAAGCAGGAGGCUGAGGUGGUCAUCUAUGAGACCAAUUGCCACUGGGCAGACUGCACCAAGGAGUAUGACACACAGGAGCAGCUGGUGCAUCACAUCAACAACGAGCACAUCCACGGGGAGAAGAAGGAGUUCGUGUGCCGCUGGCAGGCCUGCACGAGGGAACAGAAGCCCUUCAAGGCGCAGUACAUGCUGGUGGUCCACAUGCGGCGACACACGGGCGAGAAGCCACACAAGUGCACGUUUGAGGGCUGCUCAAAGGCCUACUCUCGCCUGGAGAACCUGAAGACACACCUGCGAUCCCACACUGGGGAGAAGCCGUACGUGUGUGAGCAUGAGGGCUGCAACAAGGCCUUUUCCAACGCCUCUGACCGGGCCAAGCACCAGAACCGCACCCACUCCAAUGAGAAACCCUACAUCUGCAAGAUCCCAGGCUGCACCAAGAGGUACACAGACCCCAGCUCCCUCCGGAAGCACGUGAAAACGGUCCAUGGCCCAGAUGCUCACGUCACCAAGAAGCAGCGCAAUGACGUGCACCUCCGUGCCCCAGUACUCAAGGAGAAUGGGGACGAGGCCAGCGCAGAGCCCGGCGGCCGUGGGUCUGAGGACAAUGCUGAGGCCAGUAGCACCAGCCAGGCCGUGGAGGACUGUCUACAUGUCAAAGCCAUCAAGACAGAGAGCUCCGGGCUGUGUCAGUCCAGCCCCGGAGCCCAAUCAUCCUGCAGCAGUGAGCCCUCUCCUCUGGGCAGUGUCCCCAACAAUGACAGUGGCGUGGAGAUGCCGGGGCCCGGGCCCGGGAGCUUGGGAGACCUGACAGCGCUGGAUGACACCUCACCAGGGGGCGACCCCCCAGCCCUGGCUGCCCCCUCCGCUGGUGGCCUGCAGCUACGCAAACACAUGACCACUAUGCACCGGUUCGAGCAGCUCAAGAGGGAGAAACUCAAGUCACUCAAGGAUUCCUGCUCGUGGGCCGGCCCGGCUCCACACACCCGGAACACCAAGCUGCCUCCCCUCCCAGCAAGUGGUUCUGUCCUGGAAAACUUCAGUGGCACCGUGGAUGGAGGGCCAGCAGGGCUGCUGCCCAAUCCUCGACUGUCCCAGCUGUCUGCCAGCGAGGUGACCAUGCUCAGCCAGCUGCAAGAGCGUCGGGACAGCUCCACCAGCACUGUCAGCUCAGCCUACACAGUGAGCCGCCGCUCCUCAGGCAUCUCCCCAUACUUCUCCAGUCGCCGAUCCAGUGAGGCCUCACCCCUGGGCGCCAGCCGUCCACACAACGCCAGCUCAGCUGAUUCCUACGACCCCAUCUCCACGGAUGCCUCACGACGCUCGAGUGAGGCCAGCCAGUGCAGCGGAGGCAGCUCGGGAAUGCUCAACCUCACACCAGCCCAGCAGUACAGCCUGCGCGCCAAGUACGCAGCGGCCACCGGGGGACCACCGCCCACGCCACUGCCAGGCCUGGAGCGCAUGAGUCUGCGGACCAGGCUGGCCAUGCUGGAUGUACCCGAUCGCACGCUGCCCGGCAUCUACCCGCACUCACUGGGCCCGCGGCGUGGCAGUGAUGGGCCUGCCUAUGGCCAUGGCCACAUUGGGGCUGCGCCUGCAUUCCCUCAUGAAGCGCCAGGAGGCAGUGCCCGGCGUGCCAGUGACCCAGUGCGACGCUCCGAGGCCCUGACCCUGCCGCGGGUGCAGCGAUUUCACAGCACCCACAAUGUGAACCCAGGUCCACUGCCCCCCUGCAGCACCGAGAGGAGGGGGCUCCGCCUACAGGGUCACCCAAGCACCAACAGCAGCCUGAUCCACAGCUCCUACUCUCCCAGGCCACCCAGCAUCAGUGAGAAUGUGGUAAUGGAGGCCAUGGCUGCAGGAGUGGACAGCACAGGGCCUGAGUCUGGCCUGGGGCUGGCAGAGGAUGAUCUGGUGUUGCCUGAUGAUGUGGUACAGUAUAUCAAGGCACACACCAGUGGCACUGUGGAUGAGAGCACACGGCAGGUGUACCCCACCCAGAGCUUCCCGGAGAACCCCAAGCUGCCCAGCCCAGGGCUGCACGGCCACCGCAGGCUAGCAGCUGCCGACUCCAAUGUGGGUCCCUCUGUCCCUAGCAUGGAAGGCUGCCAGCUGGGCUAUGGGGCAUCCUCUAGCCUGAAUAAAAACAACAUGCCCGUGCAGUGGAAUGAGGUGAGCUCAGGUACGAUGGAUGCCAUGCCCAACCAGGUAAAGCCUCCGCCCUUUCCUCAGGGCAACCUGGCUGUGGUACAGCAAAAGGCUGCCUUUGGCCAGUACCCAAGCUACAGUCCACAAGGUCUGCAGCUGAGUCCUGGGAGCCUGGACAGCACCCAGCCACACCUUCAGCUCCCCAAUGGAGCUUCUUCAGCCCCCAGAGUGAAUUACAUGCAGCAGCAGCUGCGCCAGCCAGCCACAGGUGGCCAAGGCCUCAGCCUGAGCUCAGCUGUGAGCCCUCAGACCAACUACAGCCAAGCCCACCCCCAGCUCAGCCCCAGUGGGACCCUGAACCAGUUUCCCCCAUCCUGCAGCAACAUGGGGGCCAAGCCAGCCCACUUGGGGCUCCCUCAGCAAAUGGAAGUUGCCUCCAACCCAACCAUGAUGGGCAGUCACCACCAGGAACUGGGAGUUCCAAAUUCUGCCCUGGCUGGGGUGCCACCACCUCACCCAGCCCAGAGCUAUCCACAGCAAAGCCAUCACUUGGCAGCUACUCCGAGUCAGGAAGGCUACCGCCAGGGCCUUCUGCCUUCCCACCAGCCUGGCUUCAUGGAGCCACAGCAAGGCAUGAUGGGAGCAGCUCCAUCUAGCUUCGGUUUAGUACAACCCCGGCCACCCCUUGAGCCUAGCCCUGCAGGCCGCCACCGUGGAGUACGUGCUGGGCAGCAACAAAUGGCCUAUGCCAGGGCCAGUGGGCAUGCCAUGGUCACCACAUCUGCCAACCAGGAGACAGCAGAGGCUGUACCCAAGGGUGCAGUGGGCACCAUGGGAUCACUACCCCCUCAGCCACCCCCUCAGGACAGAGGUGGGGCACAGGACCACAAUACACUCUACUAUUAUGGCCAGAUUCACAUGUAUGAACAAAAUGGAGGACUAGAGAACCAUGGAGGCUGCCCAGCCCCUCAGCCCCAACCUCCACAGCCACAAGCCUGCCCAGACAACAUCCAGCCACAGCCCUUACCCUCACCAGGGGUCAACCAGGUGUCCAGCACCGUGGACUCCCAGCUCCUGGAGGCCCCUCAGAUUGACUUUGAUGCCAUCAUGGAUGAUGGUGAUCAUUCAAGUUUGUUCUCCGGUGCGCUGAGCCCCAGCCUUCUACACAACCUCUCCCAGAAUUCUUCGCGCCUCACCACCCCUCGGAACUCCCUGACCUUGCCCUCCAUCCCCUCAGGCAUCAGUAACAUGGCCGUGGGCGACAUGAGCUCCAUGCUCAGCAGUCUGGCUGAGGAGAACAAGUUCCUGAACAUGAUGACCUAAGGUCCGAUCCCUGAUGCAGAGCAGACCCUGGGGGAUUGUGGCCUCCUGGAAGGAUAAGAUCUCAUCCAUUCAUCUUUUUCCUAAAAUAAAGUAUUAAGUAGGCCUGAAGGAUCUUUGCCAAUAGCUGGUUCAGACUGCAUAUGUUUUAAGAGAAGUUUUGUGGGCAUCCUUUCUGGUCUUUUGGACUACUUUUCAGAAUACUAAAAAAAAAAAAAAAAGUCUCAACAGGAAAGGAAAAGAAGGAAUGAGAAACUGAUUUACACAGUGCUUGCCAGCCUUGGGUGUUUAUGGGGCCACUCAGCUUUGGCUUCUUUGCCUCUGUCAUUUGGCUAAUGAGAGAUUAUGUUGGCCAAGGGCUUUUCAACUACAUGUGGAAAGAGGGUAGGGGAGCCACAUUUGGGUUGGAAACUGAAACCAUAAUGGAUAUUCUGUGCCAAGAAGAUGGGCUUGUUGUUCUGCCACCUGUAAGGAAAUGGAAUUGCCAGCUGCCAGGAUUCUCCUAUAAAACUUGAGUCUUGAGGUUCCUACAGUCUCUUGCCAUGAAGAAUAGGGAAUAACAUUCCACGUGGGUGCUGCAGAAGUACUAUACUAAUGCCAGGUUUAGGAUAGUUGGCAUCUCCAUCCCUUAAGCAUAGUUUAGGACUGGCAAAUUGCCCAGAUAUAUUAUGAAUGAAUAAAAUAUGUAAGUUGCACCCAGUAAAAGGAAAUAAAUAAAAAGUGUACUACCUGGGACAAGCCCAGAAGCUAUCUGGGCCUCUCCUGACCAUGUUUACAGUGUUCCUGCAUGGACAAUGUAGCUGUUCCUGAAAAGAAACUUUCUAAAUACCUCUGGCUGCUGGCAUUGCUCCGGGUGAAGGAUUGGCUGAGGCCUCUGGAGGUGAGAUGGCACCUGGGCCCAGCCUUAGGCCACCCCAGAGGCUUUCCAGUAGGAAGAGGAAGUCGCAUGUUUACUGUUUUUCCAAUCCUGUUUUUCCAAAACAGUCUGCCCAUCUUACCAUGAAAUCUACAGCCCUGUCCAGGCUCCUGCAGGCCAUGCCGGGCUGCUAGUGACAGCCCAAUAGUGCACACCAAGCCAGAAAUGCAGCCAGGGCUGAUACCCUGACCUCUGCUCUUCUCCCUGAUUAUUUUCAGAGAACGAUGUGUGUGCAUGAUGUUUAGGGUAGGGAUGGGUGGGUGGAGAGGUUGACUCUUAGAGUCUGAGGAAUUAUUACUCAGUUUCCUUGUUCAAUGUGGCCAAGCCCCAAAUGGAAAUGUAGUUUGGAACUGGCUCCAAGAAUAUUUUUUUUCUGAAUGUCCAGUAGGGUGAAGCAAUGCGGCUUCUCCAUCACAUAUAUACAGAUAUCAGAUGUGUUCCUUAGGAUGAAUUUGUAGCAACUUUGCCAGACCAACCACACUGCUCAGAUGGAGCUUCAUUCUGACUGUGACCUUGGCUUUAGGGAGGAACUUUGAAGCAAAGUCUGGAGACAGGAUCCAAACCUGCUCAUCUAGCCCCUUCCAGUGCAUCAGACUCCUUGUUAAGGUCCAGAGCCAAGGCCAACUCCAAAUGACAACUCUGGGACUUGGCCAUGGGCUGUGGCUCCACGGUGGUAUUAGCUUGCUUCCUAAGACUGCACUUGCCAUUCCCCUGCCUGUAUAUAUUUUGUGCAGAUAACAUCUUCCCUGAAUAUACUGUAGGUGACUUGUCCAGCCAAAUUUAUAUUGCCAAAAAAACAUUUUUAGCUUUUUUUCUACAUGCUAUGAAUUGAGAUGACAUGCUCAACUUGUAAAUAAGUCUUUUUUGUACAUUAAAAAAGUAAUUUUUUCAUAA